UUGAGGAAAAAGUCGUCAUUCACCAUAGUAUUCCGAAUAACGGAGCGAAUAGUGACCCAGUUUAGGCGGGUGGGUCAUUUAUCCAAGUAUUUAUUUGCAAAUAGAAUAUUUUGCGGUUUCAAAGUAACAAUUUUUAAGAUUGUUGGCGUACACACAAUCGACUAGUGUUAAAGGAAUCUGGAAUUUAUCAAAUUAGAUUUAGAUCGUAGCCGUUUUAGUGUAACACAAGAGAUUUUCUCGGUCGGUUUGACUGGAAGAAGAAGAAGAGGAAAAAAAAAAGUAAAAAAAAAGAAAAGUUCAAUCGUGUAAGUGGUUCACACUCCAUAGUUUUUCCAUAGUCUAUACGCCGAAAGGGUUUUUUUUUCGUUUCAUGGUGUACGUUUGUGUAUUGGUGUGGAAAAUUUCUAGUGUGUAAUUCCCUCUUACAAAAUCCCCGAUAUGGUGUGUCGGACUGUGUCGAAUUGAAGGUGAAAUGGUCGCAUCCGUACAAUGUGAUAAAAAAAUUGUGUUAUAUUUGUUGUUAUUCUAGUGUUUAAUAUUUUCACUGUAAAAUUUAUACAAAACGGAAGAAGAGAGAAAAACGGCAGUUUAAAUGAAUCAUAACAUAAUGAGCUUUCUAUUAGUGUUUGAAUUCGUAGCAUUCUAAAACGUUAGAGGCAUACACAAAAAAAAAGUUUCAGAAAGAAGCACAUCGCACACUGAUACCCACCUAAGACAAUGUCCUCAUACGAGACAGAUGCAAUGCUGGAAACGUUGAGUUUGAAGUUGCGAGACGCUGAAGUGAGAAGAGCUGAAGCUGAACGAGCACAUCAGGAUGCUCUGUCCCAAUUGCGUGGUGUAUCAUCAUGUGGUAGUCGUUCGAGUGAACCACUUGAAACGUUGCAAUCUCGAGCGCGGGAAUUGGAAAAGAAGGCUGCAUUGGAAACGGUUAGAUGUGAGGAAUUGCAAUUAGAAUUAUCGGCUGCAUUAAAAUCAAGAUCGGCCAGAUCAACAGUGGCAACAAUGCCCAGCCAGUCGACGGUUACGUGGGCACCAACACCCACCCAACAUCAACCGAUAUCGCAUCAUUCCACAUCAUCAUCUGUAGCCCAACCACCAACGUCAUUACACACAUCGAUGUCACAACAGUCGUCGUCACAUCAGCAGCCACAAGCAGGCUCCGAAAUAGAUAGAAUAAUGGCCAAGAUCGAACAGGCACGUUUAUCAAUUGCUAACGACAAUCGUAUACUCGCCGAAUUGGAGCAUCCUCGAACGACCGGCCCACAACAUAUGCCAUCAUCAUCCAUCGGAUCUGGAUUGACUUCCACCAUUGUGCCAACAUCAUACUCAAGUGGCAACACGUCCGGAUACAUGGGAAUCAAUUCGAUGGGAGUGACGUCGAGUAAUAGCAGCCAUGCACUGACAUCAUACGAUCCGACCGGAUUGGGCACCGGAUCGUCGGUGGUCGGUAAUACAUCAAUGUCGGCCAAUGCGAACGUUUCGCCAUUACCUGUACGUCAUCAAAUGAAUCAAAUGAAUACCAUGCCACCCCUUUGUCAGAGUUCGACCAUGCCAGUUCUUUCUAUGCACAACACUUACUCCAUACCGACUAUGUCAGCUAGCUAUACGCUUGGCUUGAGUGGUGCACCUGGACCAUCAUCAUACACAUAUCCGAGCAGUGGAGUCACAUUGGGCGGUGUCAAUAAUAUUCUCGGCACCGGUUUAACGGGUGCGUCGCAAGUGGGUGCAAGCGGUUUAUCAGGUUUAAUGGGAACAACCGGUCUCGGAUUAUCGUCUACGAAUCCAUUGUCCACAACGCUUCCAGGCAUUGGCUACAAUUCGACAUCGUAUUCAACGUAUACAAAUCCGCUAUUAACAUCCGGUGCUAUGAACAUCAAACUCAAAACGUACGACGAUUUGGAUAUGAUUGCACGAUAUGGCAAUAGAUCGGGCACGACACCAAGUUCACCCAUACCGCCAGCGAAUUGGGGCUUAGAUAUGUACAGUGGAUUAGACGGUGUCAAUCCGGCAUUUAUGCAUGCUCAAUCCCGGCUGGGUGGAUUGGAUCUGGAACCACGAUCGCUCGGAUUAUCGUUAAAUGGAACUGGUGAUCUUCAAGUAGAUCUAUUGGAUAUACCCGGAAAGGGAAGAUGUUGUGUGUUUAUAUCCAGAUUCUCCUACGAUCCGCCUGACGAAUCAGAAGGAGAACUGUCGUUGAGUGCUGGUGAUUACAUAUUGGUAUGGGGAAGUGGUGAACCUCAAGGCGGCUAUUUUGAUGCCGAAUUACUAGAUGGUAGGCGAGGUUUAGUUCCCGCCUCAUACGUAACAAGACUUAUUGGUGACGAUUUGUUGGAAUUCCAUCAGGCUGUAGUAUCAACACUUCGUGAUGCUGAUGAUGCUCCAGUGCCUUUAGAUCCAGCCCCAUUACCACCAAUUCAACCAAACAAUCCCCUUCUAACACACACAUCUGAAGAUAUGGCCAGACUAUGUGAAACUCAUAAUGAUUUUGGUCCCGAUCAACACGAAGACGAGGCUGAUACCGUUCCGGCGCCACGUCAUUUGACUCUCGAGAGACAACUCAACAAAAGUGUACUGAUUGGUUGGACCAUACCAGAACCGCCGGGUUGCCAUCAAAUUGAAAGCUAUCAUGUAUACGUUGAUGGUGUGCUGAAAGUAACGGUUAAAGCGAACGAAAGAACACGUGCAUUGGUUGAAGGAGUUGAUUGCAAUCGACCACAUCGGAUAAGCGUUAGAAGUGUGACGCAGAACCGACGAACAUCCCGAGAUGCUGCUUGUACAAUGAUAAUUGGUAGAGAUACUGCUCACUUAGGACCUUCAGCUGUUAAAGCUGCAAAUAUAACGUGCUCUUCAUCAGUCAUAUCAUGGCUUCCAGCUAAUUCGAAUCAUCAACAUGUAGUUUGUGUAAAUAAUGUAGAAGUUAGGACUGUUAAGCCAGGAGUUUAUAGGCACACAAUUACCGGUCUGUCGCCAAGCACAAAAUAUCGCGUGACUGUACGAGCGAAACAUUUACGUGCUGUUGGACAAGCACCACCUCCAGGACCACCACCGGAAGAGGCACCCGGAGCAUACGCAGAUUUUCGUACUUUAGCCAAAGGAUUGCCGGAUCCUCCACAAGUAAGUCAUUUGAACUUAUACCCCAUUGAUAAGGUCUGCAUUUUCAAUUUUACCAUUCAGGAAAUACAAGUUGAGGCUGGUCCUCAAGAUGGAACUCUUCUGGUCACUUGGCAACCUGUUAACCGUCCUCCAUCGUCGGGACCUGUAACUGGAUACGCUGUGUACGCCGAUGGGAAAAAGGUGACGGAUGUUGACUCUCCCACUGGUGAUCAUGCACUGAUUGAUAUUGGAAAAUUGGUUGGAUUGAAUCCACGAGCUGUAACGGUUAGGACAAAAUCACGAGACUCACAAUCAGGUGAUAGUCAACCAACGGCUAUUCCAAGCUUCGGAUGUUACGAAUUUAAUACUGAAAAUGGCUUAAAUUAUGCACAAGAUGUCGUACGAAAUGCAGCUCGAAAUCGUCAUAAUAUGCCCCAUUCGGGUUUGCCGCCGCACAUGCGAAAUCAACAACAGCAACAGCAACAACAACAACGUGCCGGUCAUCAGCAAAUGAUUGGACCAUCCGGUCAAAUGAUGCAAAAUCAAAUGCAACAAAAUCCAAAUCACCAACCUCAACAGAUAUUGGAUCAUCAUGAUGAGAAUCUAAGCGACAAAGAAGUAUUUCCCGGUUCCGGGUCAAUGAUGCAACAGCAACAUAAUCAAAUGGUAAAUCAUCAAAGAUCGGAGGGUAUGGGAAUACCUGCCAUUGAAAUAACGAAAGACGGUACAACUGAUAUAUCGUCAUAUUUGAGUGACGAAAAUGAAUAUCCGGAAAGUGGACGUAGACGUUCCAGUUCUGUACAUCAACAGCAAUUGCAACAGCAUCAACAACAACAGCAGCAGCUGCAGCAGCAACAACAACACCAACAGCAUAUUCAACAAUCCCAACACGUACAAAACCAGAAUUCACCCGUACAUCAACACCAGCAGGGCUAUCAACAAAACAAAACUCCUCGAAAUCACUCUGAACGAGGUCGCCCACCCAACCCACCAAACCCAUCUCUCAAUCAAAAUCAACCAAAUCAACAACAGUACAACUAUGGUCCGAAUGGUCCAAUAAAUCAGCAGCAACCGUUACUUCAACAAAAUCAACAGCAACAACCUUUAAAUCAACAACAACAACAACAACAGCAGCAACAACAACCCUUAAAUCAGCAACAACAACCACAACAGCAACAAAUGAGAAAUAUGAAUCAACGUGGACCUAAUCAACCAAAUCAACCUAAUCAAUCGAUUCGAGGUCAGCAGCAGCAGCAACAACAGCAGCAGCAAAAAAAGCCGAGAUUUUUUUUAGCUUUAUUCGACUACGAUCCGUCUACAAUGAGCCCGAAUCCAGAUGGAUGUGAAGAAGAAUUACCGUUUCAGGAGGGUGACACAAUAAAGGUCCAUGGUGACAAAGAUCCGGAUGGAUUUUAUUGGGGUGAAUUGCGUGGAAGAAGGGGCUUCGUUCCGCACAAUAUGGUGUCGGAAAUUGAAGAGGGACAAAUUGGAGCACAGGGUGGUGGUCCUGGUGUCGUUGCUGGACCAUCCGGAAUGCAUAUGCAAAGUGUUCGCGGCGUAAGCAGAGACAGAUGGGGAGACAUUUAUGCGAACAUGCCUGUAAAACGGAUGAUUGCUUUGUACGAUUACGAUCCGCAAGAGCUGAGUCCGAAUGUCGACGCUGAGCAAGUGGAAUUAAGUUUCAAGACAGGCGAAGUCAUACUAGUGUACGGUGAAAUGGACGAAGAUGGUUUCUUUAUGGGUGAACUGGAUGGUGUACGAGGACUGGUGCCAUCAAACUUUUUAACGGAAGCACCCGAGCAGUACAACAAUCAGUCAGGCGGUCCGAUUGGCAUGAAUUCAGCUCAGCGAAAUGUUGCUGGACGCGGACGUGUAGGACCAGGCCCGGGACCAGGAGCUUUCGGACCACCACCUCCUCCUAGAGAUAAUAUGGGACCUGGAAUGAAUCAGGUGAAUCAAAUGAAUCAAAUGAAUCAGAUGAAUCAGCGCGGAGGUCCACUUCGAAAAGAUGCUCGUCCUACUUCCCCUACACUGUUAGACAACACGGGCCACCCUGCCCCCGAUCACCAAACGCAGGGGAUGCAGGGGAAAGGCGGGAUGAUCGGCCAAGGGAUCGGUGGUAAUAUGAGCAUGCAGCAACAACAUAAUAAUAUGCAACAGCAACAUAACAUGCAGCAACAACAACAACAUAAUAAUAAUAUGCAGCAACAUAACAAUAUGCAGCAACAACAACAACAACAACCUUCAACUACAGCAAAUUCAAGCGGAGUUUUUUCCACAGCUUCUACCUUAUUUUCGGGUGCUACAAAUGCUACGGGUGGCUUAUUCAGUGGUAAUCGUCAACCACCAAAAGGCCCUCAGGUUGUGCCACAGCCAGGCAUGACACAACAGCAAAAUCAGCAACAUCAACAACAGCAAAAUAUGAAUCAGCAAUCGCAUGGUGGUGGCUUAUUCGGUUUCGGCGGCGGCGGACAACAACAACAACAGCAGCAGCAGCAGCAACAACAACAGCAGCAGCAUCAGCAGAACAUGCAUCAGCAGAAUAUGCAACAGCAAAACAUGCAACAACAAAAUAUGCAACAGGGACCCAAUCUCAUGCAAAAACUGGGCGACAUAACAGCGCCUGGUAGUGAUAUGUUAUCGAAAGGAAAAGAACUGAUUUUUAUGAAAUUCGGUCUCGGCGGCAAAUAACCCCGACCGCAAUCGUUACCAUUCAAUGAAUACUUAGCAAUAAUUAUUUCAUUUAAUAUACUACGCACACAAAUCAUGCUGUGUUGGCUACACACAUACAUACCAAUAUUCAUAGGAUCUAACAAAUCAUAAAAUUACUAACUUAUCCCCCAGCGUGUUAAGCUCAAUGGUUCGAAUAAUUAUCUGAUGAUUUUUAACACUUAAUGGAACACAACAAUUAAUGUAUCCAAGAUAUUAUUCGUGAAUCCGCUAAAAACUAACUAUGCGCCUCUAGCACAACAACAUUAAUACAACAACAAAAAAUGUCCGCUUCGAAUAAAAAUAUAAAAUUGUGAAAAUGAUGCAUCAAAACAUAACAUUUUAACCUCGAUUUGCUUUAAAUAUUACUAAAAACAAAUAUUUCCUAAAUCAAAAAUUGCGCCAACAACAGUGAACUUUAAACCAACAGAAAUUACAACGACAGGUGUGUGUUAAGUGUGGGGCCCACACUGUGUUUAUUGAAAACCUGCAUACAAAACAAUGUCGGCAAAGUGGACGUCAGCAAAAAUUUUCUAUUACAAAUCUGCUCAUUCAUAAGAAUGUCUUAGGUAACGACGAAUUUUUGUUUGUAGAUCGGACAGUCCACCUCCAUACACUUUAAUUGUGUACCACCAAAAAGCAUCUGAGAUCUUGCUCUAUUUCAUUUCCAAAAUGACAGGAGUAGGAGUUCCAUCGUCUUCAUUCUUUUAUUAGAAUGUGCCUAAUUUUCUCCGAUCAGUGACGAAAAGAUCUACUUUCGUUGCCUUUGUGUGAGAAAAACGUUUUACUUUUCGUCACUGAGUUGAGAAAUAGUCAUUUACCUUACAAGGGAUAAAAAGUUGAAAAGAUUCCAAUUUUUCGUGUGAAGUUUGUCAAACGAAAACGUGAUUUUAAAUUUUUAUCCCGAAUUUUGUAAUGGAUCUUGCAUGCUGUGAGUUUUUAAAUCCAGAUUCAAAGAAACCAGUUCAAAUGUGGUUGUAUAUUUCAAUUUCAUAACUUUAAAAAUGAUUUUUUUUUCUUGAUGAUGUCCUAAAAAUGCUUUUCGUAAUUUUUUUUUAUCUAAUUCUAUUUCUUGAGGCUAAUGCUGUGGGUGGAUGUAUUAAGCUGUGCAAGGAGAAUGAACUAAUCAUUAGAGUGUUUUUGAGUAAGAUGGUUUCAAUCGAUAGCAAAUAUAUGGCCGGUUAAAA